AUGCUAGCCAACACACAGCAUGGUCUGACCAUCAAGCAUGCGCGCAUCCUAUACCUUACCUGUGUCAUCCCAAUCCUCACAAAUGGAUCCCCUCUGUGGUUUCUGGGGCGCAGGCAGAAGUCAUUGCUUGAACCACUUAGGAAGGUCCAGAACCAAGGAUUGAGAUGGCUCCUUGGAGCCUUCAAGACCACACCUAUCUCCUGUCUUGAACACCUAGCUUCUAUCCCACCUUUGCACAUCACAUGCAAAAAGCUUGUCAUGAAUUACUUGGCUAAACUAAGAACCAUCCCCAAACUGUCUGAGGUUACUAAAUGGCUCCCUAUAUCAUGGGACAUGCAUACACACACCCUUAAUAGCAACAGAUGCAACAACUCCAAAAGCAUACAGUCACCCAUCCAUUUCAUUGCAUCACAUAGCAACCCACAGAUAGAGUUUGUCUCCCCAUACCUCAAUCACCUGUCAAACCCAUCCAUACUGUUCCCAGAUCAAAUCAAAAUCAAGGAUACCACCAAUGGCCUCAAACGCAACAUAUACUGCAACAAAAUCCUAUCCAAAAUCAGCAUACUCAAAGAAUGCCAUGCCAGCGUUCUUGGCUACUCAGAUGGGCAUGCAGCAGUGUCCAAUGGCAUUUGGAAAGUUGGCGUUGGCUACAUUAUACAUGCUGAAAAAAGGACUCUGUUGUUGUUGGUUGGUAUUGGACUGCAAGCAAACAUCUACAAUGCAGAAAUGCUGGGCAUAUUGCUAGCAUUCAUGAAAGCAAAACAAAUAGCUGAAAAUCAAGGUUAUUGCAAGAUUUGUAUAUACUGCAACAACCAGUCUGCUGUAAAACACUGUGGAAAGUAUGGGCACUGGACAUAG